CUGCUUAGCUUAGCUUGCCAGCAUUAGCAGCAGAUAGCGAAUGGAAGCGUUGUAGGUACAUGCAGAAAAGUGCAGGUUGCCGUUUCUUGUACGACAUAAAUUAAAUUAACCAUUUUAGUUAUAAUUUUAAAUUUAUAUGUUUGAUGUAAUUUCAAUGACGUAAAGAAUGAUGCGUCUUAUGAAAUUAACUCUGUGUUUUUACAUCGUUUUUUGUGCACUGAGCACCAAAGCUGAUGACAAUCAAGUUUCAUUAACCAAACUCGGCACAAAAACAGGACCAACGUUAAAAUUCUUUUAUUGUUAUUCCUGCGGAUAUAGAAAAAUCUUUGAAGAAUAUGUCAGUGUUCUACGACAAAAAUAUCCAGAAUUACAAAUUGAUGGAGAAAACUAUAAUCCCCCUGGAUAUAAUAUGCUCAUUGCUAAAAUACUAGGUCUUGCUAAAAUUUCACUAAUAGCUCUAAUAAUAAGUGGAUUUCAUCUGGGACAACCACUGCCAUUCCUUUGGCAAUGGUGCAUAGACAAUCGAUUCUAUUCGUGUAUGGUGAUAUUUUUCAUUUGUAAUGUAAUAGAAGGACAUAUCAUAUCAUCAGGAGCAUUCGAAAUACAUUUCAAUGAUGUUCCUGUAUGGUCCAAACUUGAGACUGGUAGAAUACCACAGCCAUUUGAACUUUUCCAAAUAAUAGAUACUAAUUUGAAUAUGCAAUAUACAGAUGUAGAUAUAGGAUAGAUUAAUUUUAAUGAAAAAUCCAAUGACAUUUUUAUUUCUACCAAAUGUUAAUUACUAUGGUUAUAAAGCAUGCGUUUUUGCAUCUCUAUGAAUGUUGAACACAUACUCUCGUUUCCAUGUUUCGCAUAUGUGUUUUAUUAUAAAUCCAAUCCUGCUAUGGAUAUCAGAUUUUAGUUGAGACGAUGCGUACGAGAUAGAGUCGUCCGUGCGAGCGAAACUGCAAUAAAAUCUUUUCACAUUGCGCAAGGACAUUUUUAAUUUUCCAUCCUAAUUUAAGAAUUGGGAAAGAAAAUAAACAAUGCUGUGUAAAAUCAAAAGUACAAAUAAAACACAAAUGAUUCCUUUCCUUUC